UGUGCCAACAAAAUCCCAUUCAUUAAUUUAAUUACCUCCGUUCCAUUAAUGACUUCAGCACUCUUGUAUUUCUAAAUUCUGUACUUAUGAAAGCAGAGCAAUAUUCUUCCAUAUCAACUUUUUAACAAAAAACUAAUCCUUUCUCCUCCCCCAUCACUGAUCAAACGACCUAAACUACUUUAACCUGUUAAACUCAAAUCACCCCAAGGAAAGGAAAAAAAAAAAAAAAAAUGAACUCAAAUGGCUUCGCAAGUGCCUUUGCAAGCCAAGGAGCAGGAACAGGGGUGUUUGGGAUACAAGGAAACGCCUUUAAUAGUACCCGUAACUUCAAUGGCGCCGGUAACGGGAACGUUUUUAGUCAAGGAGCUGCCAGCAACCAAUUGGGAUUUAAUAAUAGUAUAAACAAUAAUAAUAGCGGCGGCAAUGGCAAUAAUCAAGGUGUAUUUGGCGUUUCUGCAUUUGACAAUAGUAGUUAUCAUGGUAACAGAAGCAGCAUCAAUAAUGUAAAUAUCAACCGGACAGCAGUAUUCGAUGCCACAGGAAAUGUCAUCGGCGGCAGCACGAUGUCACAACGAGGCGGCCGAGGCCGGGGUCGGGGUAAUGGUAGUCAUCCUCGAGGUGACCGAGGGGGUGGCCGAGGAGGUAGUGGUAGCCACAGGGGAAGCGCCAACAAGACAUACAUUCCAUCUGGGUCCAUGUCCACACAAAGCGCCUUUGGUGCAUUGUCUUCGACUCCCUUAUCGUCCACAGGAUUUGGCGUACAAGCAAAAGAGAAACGCAACCAUGACGCUAUUGGUGCUCGGAGUCCUGCUCAUGAUAAUAGUUUAAAUUCAUCAAGACUAUCAGGUGCUGUUGACUCCUCAUCUCGUUUACAGGGCUUGGAUGCUUCCGAGGAUGCAGAUAGCCGCUUGGCUCGUUUUAGUGCAGUACCUGUUGGGAAUCGCUAUGAAGAGAGGAGCGAGUGAAGGAGCGUGAAGAUGCUAUCAAGAGAGGAGAUAUUCCUGACCCCAACAAACGUGGACACUUGAAAGAUGCGAUUACGUUUGUGGGGACUUGCAGAGAUAUGUGCCCUGAAUUCGAGCGCCAUGAGCGCGAGUAUCAGAAGAAUAUCGAAAAGUUUGAAACGGUAU